CUCCUUCCUUCCUGCGGAUAAAUAAGAUUCGAACUCAUUAGAUUCCUGUAAAAUCAAAUAAAAAUAAUAAUAUCCUCCAUGUGCGCUGUGUGGCAAUAACGUUCCUCUUCUUCACUCUUCUAAGCAACUCAACUCUCAACCCAAACCCCAAUAACAAACCAAGAAAACCACCGUAACCGUUUCUCUCUUCUUCUUCUUCUUCUUCUUCUUCUUCUUCUUCUUCUUCUUCUCAUGACACAACAACACUUCACAGAGAAGAUUCAUUGAUUCAAACAACACAAAAAUGGCUUCCAAGCUCACAACGUGUUUCUUGUGCUGGAAUCUCACCGCCUUCAACUGCAACCACCGCAACGCCGCCGCGCCGGUGGUGCGUUUUCCAUUUCCACCUGCUUCUUGCAAAAUGCGACACCGCGCUCUCAGUUCUCAGAAUAAGAAACAACAACAAAUCAAGAAAGCACAGCCUUCUACUCCCAAUCCGAAUCAACAAGAUGACUCCGAGCUUAACACGCCUUCAUCCGCUGGUAAUGCUGGUAGCAGUGUGCCGAACUUGAACACUGAGGAUGAUGAUGAUGAUGAUGAUGAUUCUGAUGCUGUUGACAAUACCAUGGCUUUGGUAAACAUAGAUGGUGUAGAGCAGGCUGAAAAGUCGGUAUCUAGUGGUCAACUUGAGGAUUUAUUAGGCAUGAUAAGAGAUGCAGAGAAAAACAUCCUUCUUUUAAAUCAGUCUAGAGUUCGCACACUUGAAGAUCUUGAAAAGAUUCUUGCUGAAAAGGAAGCAUUACAACGAGAAAUUAGUGUCUUAGAGAUGAGGGUGGCAGAGACUGAUGCGUGGAUGAAAGUUGCUACCCAGGAAAAGAUACACGUAGAACAAUUGGAGGGUCAGUUAGAGAAACUGCGUGAUGAAUUGACUCACAAGGGUAGUAGUGCUGAAGGAAGGAAUGCUGAAUUUCAGGACCUUCAAAAUGGAGAUCUAAGUGAUGCAUACCAUAUAAGUCAUAUCGAUCACAUUCAUUCCCUUACCGAGGAGCUCAAUUCAUUGAGGGAAGAAAAUGGCACUUUGAAGAAUGCAAUAGAAUCAUUGAAAACACAGCGUGAUGAAGUAAAAAACAAUGAUGAGCGUUUAGUGGUAUUGGAAAAGGAAAGGUCAUCUUUGGAGUCAGCCUUAAAGGAGUUGGAAUCAAAACUCUCAACAUCUGAGGAAGAUGUUUCUGAGCUGUCUACACUUAGAGUUGAAUGCAAGGGUUUAUGGGAUAAGGUUGAAAAUUUGCAAUUCUUGCUAGAUACAGCAACCAAACAAGCUGAUCAAGCUAUUAUAGCGCUGCAACAAAAUCAGGAUCUUCAAAAGAAGGUUGAUAAAUUGGAGGCAUCCCUUGAAGAAGCUAAUAUCUAUAAGCUAUCAUCUGAAAAAUUGCAAAAAUACAGUCAGCUAAUGCAACAAAAGAUAAAUCUAUUGGAGGACCGUCUUCAAAAAUCAGAUGAAGAGAUAAGCUCUUAUAUUCAAAUGUAUCAACAGUCAGUGAAGGAAUUUCAAGAUACACUUGAUACCUUGAAAGUAGAAAGCAGGGGAAAGGAAGUGGAUGAACCAGUGGAAGAUAUGCCAUGGGAAUUUUGGAGUCAAUUAUUGCUUCUAAUUGAUGGUUGGGCACUUGAAAAUAAAAUAUCAGUAGAUGAUGCAAAGCUUUUGAGAGAAAAGGUGUGGAAGAGAGACAAGCGUAUUAGGGAUGUAUAUAUGGCUUGCAAAGAACAGAGUGAACAUGAGGUUAUUACUGCAUUUCUUGGGCUUACGUCAUCUGUAACAAGUCCAGGAUUAUAUGUGAUUCAUAUUGCGGCAGAGAUGGCACCAGUAGCUAAGGUUGGUGGUUUGGGGGAUGUUGUCAGUGGUCUAGGUAAAGCAUUGCAAAAGAAAGGACACCUUGUUGAAAUUGUGCUGCCCAAAUAUGAUUGUAUUCAAUAUGACCGCAUCCGUGACUUUAGGGUUUUGGAUGUAGUGAUAGAGUCAUACUUUGAUGGUCAAUUAUUCAAAAAUAAAAUCUGGGUUGGCACUAUUGAAGGUCUUCCUGUUUAUUUCAUUGAGCCUCAGCAUCCUGAUAAGUUCUUUUGGAGAGGAAAUUUUUAUGGCGAACAUGAUGAUUUCAGACGAUUUUCAUAUUUUAGUCGUGCAGCUCUUGAGUUUCUUCUUCAUGCUGGCAAGAAGCCAGAUAUCAUUCAUUGCCAUGACUGGCAGACAGCGUUCAUUGCUCCUUUAUAUUGGGAUAUAUAUGUCCCAAAAGGAUUAAAUUCAGCUAGGAUAUGUUUUACAUGUCACAACUUUGAGUAUCAAGGGUCUGCAGCAGCUUCCGAGUUGGAAUCAUGUGGUCUUCAUUCCCACCAUUUAAACAGACCUGAUAGAAUGCAGGACAACUCAGCACAUGAUAGAGUCAAUUCUGUCAAGGGUGGAAUUGUUUUCUCAAACAUUGUGACAACAGUGUCUCCUACUUACGCCCAAGAAGUGAGAACUGCAGAGGGAGGACAUGGCCUCCAUUCAACUCUUUCUGUCCACUCCAAAAAGUUCUUUGGUAUUCUAAAUGGCAUUGACACUGAUACAUGGAAUCCUGCCACUGACUCAUUUCUUGAAGUCCAGUACAAUGCAAAUGAUCUUCAAGGGAAAGCAGAAAACAAGGAAGCCUUGAGAAGGAGCCUAGGUCUUUCAUCUUCAGAUGUUAGGAGGCCCUUGGUUGGCUGCAUUACAAGAUUGGUUCCUCAGAAAGGUGUUCAUCUUAUUAGACAUGCGAUAUAUCUAACACUGGAGAUGGGAGGACAAUUUGUUCUACUUGGUUCAAGUCCUGUGUCACAUAUUCAGAGAGAAUUUGAGGGCAUUGCCAACCACUUUCAGAACCAUGAUCACAUAAGGUUGAUUUUGAAGUAUGAUGAAUCUCUCUCCCAUGCCAUUUACGCAGCAUCUGACAUGUUCAUCAUUCCAUCAAUCUUCGAACCUUGUGGCCUAACGCAGAUGAUAGCAAUGAGAUAUGGUGCAAUACCCAUUGUCAGAAAAACCGGUGGCCUAAAUGACAGCGUUUUCGAUGUUGAUGAUGAUGCAAUACCUUCACAGUUUCGGAAUGGAUUCACAUUUUUGAAUGCCAAUGAGGAGGGAUUAAGUGAUGCUUUGGUCCGUGCACUUGACCUCUAUAUGAACAAUCCUGAAAGUUGGAAGCAACUUGUACAGAAGGACAUGAACAUAGAUUUCAGUUGGGAGUCUUCAGCUGCACAAUAUGUGGAGCUCUACUUAAGGGCUACCUCUAGAGCAAGGGCUCUAAAACAAGCUUAAUUGAUCCAAUGGAGGCUUUUCCGUGCUAUCCAUUCAAUUUUGUUAGUUUCCUACACAGAGAAGAGAGCUCAGAUUUAAUGUUCAGUUAGCAUGAUUUGAUUUGACUGAGCACACUAUCAUGAUUGUGAAUGAAUAGAUAGAACAUUGUGAAUAUGACAUUGCUGCUGAAAUUGGGCUGCUGGAUUAGUUCCCAUGCAUCAUCGCCCAGUCACUCCUUCCUUAUUUGAUAGUAUUCUUCAGGUUGAUCAUAGAAGCAACCUUUCUCAUACGUUGACGAAUCCUAGGUGAUAUUUCAACUCAGCCAUGCCUUGCAAGAAUGUAUAAACAUUUUUUUUUCUUUUUUUUUUCAUCUCUUGAAUAGUAUACAAAAGUCAUACGUGUAAAGCAUUGUAAUGUAGCUCUAUUCUUAGAAUGUAUAAUGAAUUGUAAUCAAAUAUCAAACAAAAGAAAAUGUUAGCCCUUUUCUCAGUA